GCGGCGUAUAAAUAUUGCCCUCGUCCCACGACGACGUGCAGAUUCCGCAGUCCUGCCCGCAGCAUUGGCAUGGAGGAACCGAUGCAUGAAGAAGAGGAAUGCCGCGUAUGUCGUGGCGAAGAAGAGCCUGGACGCCGUCUCUUUGCGCCAUGCAAGUGCAGCGGCUCCAUUCGGUUUGUUCACUCGGACUGCUUGACUGAAUGGCUCGCGAUCUGUAAGAAGGACAUAUGCGAACUAUGCGGCUACAAGUUCUCGUUUCAGCCUGUGUACGCAGAAGGGUCUCCAAGGACGCUUCCGACGCAGGAACUGCUUUUGUCCGUGGUCAUCGUUGCACUCAAGAAAUGGCUGCCACUGGUUAUUCGCGCCGUGCUGGUGUUUCUCGCUUGGGGCGUCGUCGCACCAUGGUGCACGAGCUGGUUGUAUCGGCUGUGGCUGUUGCGUGCUGCAACGAUGGGGUCGAUGAACUUGAACGACCGACUCCAGAAUUACGACUUGAUCUUGGCGGAUGUGCUCUCCGGCAUUGUCUUGGUCGUUGUGAUAGUCUGCUCUUUUCUGUCGCUGAUGAGUUUCGCGGAUUUUUUGCGCUUCAAUAUGGACCGCAUAAUGGAAGAGCCGCUGGUACACGACGACGCAGAGGAACUCCGCCAUCGCGAAAUGCUCGUGGCGCAAGAGAUGGAAGCGGUUGAGAUGGCCGUGCCCCAGCCACUGCACCAGCAGCCCCUACAACGUGGCCAACAGCAUAACCACGCCCGCCGCCUCAUCGAGCGCAUCGACGGUGUUGAUGAGUGGCUCGGUGACCAUGAUGAGAGCGAUAGCGACAACGAUGCGUCCGAUGAUUCCGACGAGGACGGCCCGAACGGGGUCGAACUGCAGUUUGCUCGUCGCGUCCACGAGUUUCGCGUCCGCCAACCGAUGGCUGGCCAGCCUGAACCGGUGGCACCACUGCCCCAACGUGACAUGCAUCCCCGCCGCCUUCGCCUGCGAAUUCAAGACAACUUGCCACUGUUCGACCACGCGAUUCAACUCAUCCCACACGCCGCUGUAUUCCGGCCGCAUGUCGCGCGCAACGUCCGCCCCGAUCCCCGCGUCGCAGAAGCGAACAACGCAAACCCACGUCGGCGCCGACCGCUCAACGGCCCUGCCGCGCGAAACAACGUUCGGAAUAAUCAAGGCGAUGGACUCAACAACCCCUGGGACGAUGACCUGGACCACAUGGAAAUCAAUAUUGCGAUGGACGAAGUCAUUGGGUUCCGCGGCCCCCCAUACGUGUUGCUGCGCAACGUGUGCUGGUUUUUGGCUUUCAACGGCGCGUACCUCGGCAUCUUGGCUUUUUUACCGUACACCCUCGGCAGCACGAUUGUCGUGUCCAUCGCCAAAGGAUUGAACCAGGUCGUCGGCGAAGAGGCCCAUUUCGAUCCUGUGACCUCCCUGGGGUUUGAUGCCUCCAGCGGGUGGGCACACUUCGUUGGCAAAGUCGCCAACACGACCAGCCUCGGGCAAUCCCACGGCGACUGCCUCCAACUCGUCGACGUCCUCACGUGCGGUGUGGGGUAUUUCGGUUUCUGUGUUGCGGCCAUGUCGUGGCGCGUGAUGGUCAACACGAUCUCGCUGUACACUCCGCACCCGCUGCUCGCAGGCAUGCUCGGCUUCCUCAGCUGCAUGAAUGCCCUGGUUAAGGUCGGCGCCCUCCUUCUGCUCAAGAUGAUUGUGUUGCCCAUUAUUCUCGGGUAUGGCCUGGACGCUGCGACGCUCACGCUCUUCUUGGCAUCGCCAUGGGAUCGCCUUGACUUUUUCUUGGACCAAAUGCUGACAUCUCUGAUGGUGCAUUGGGUCCUCGGUAUCAGCUUCAUGCUGUUUGUGACGGUGGCCGUUCUACAGCUCCGUGAAGUCAUGCACCCCGAUAUUCUCGCCGCGACAAUUCGCCCCCAAGAGCCCAACCAAGACAUCUUGAAGAGCAUGCUGGCCGAAUCGAGCGUCAAGCACGCGCGCCGCAUGGUCCUCUCCCUUGCAAUCUACGCCAUGCUCUUGACGACCCUCGUCUUUCUCCCCGUGCGGUUGGCUUAUAUGGCUGUGCCGACCCUCUUCCCCCUCCAAUUUACGUUCCAUUACGUCUUUGCGCCACUGCAAGUGCCGCUCGAACUCGUCCUGGCCCACAUGACAGUGCUCAACAUCCUUGACACGUACAAACACGAAUUGGGCCACAUGCAGGCGAAGUGGAUGUCGACGCUGUGCCGCCGCUUGGGCCUCGUUGAGUACUUACUCCCACGGGUUCCCGCGCUCCCUACUGGUGCAUCCCCCUCGAUCGAUGAUAGCAUCAUCUUGGGUGUCCCCCCGCUCAGCUUCAAUCCUGUGAACGACCCCCCGCCAGUCCAGGAACGUCUGUACGGCGCAAGGUACGUGCCGUGGCCGGAAGAUGGCUUGGUGGACCCGACUGUCGUCGAAUACAAUCUUCUCCCCCGCACGAUUCCAACCCAUUUGUCGCUUCGACUGGGGGCGUUGAUGGCGUGCUGCUGGGUCACAACGGUGAUCAUGAUUGGCAUGACGACGAUGAGCCCUCUGUAUCUUGGCCGGCUGUCGAUGGCCAUGUUGGAACAAUUCUCGGGCCUCCGCCACGACUCUUUGAAUGCCGCGGCUGGUGUUGUCGCGAUGUGGGUCCUCAUCAACGGCUUCAAGCUGUGCCGAGUGUUUAGCAUUCAAGAUAGUGACGUGCAUCCUCAGCUGCUCGCGCAGGGUUUUUCGAUGCGGCACUUGAGCAGGACGGCCCUCGUUCAGUUGGGUGUGACUUGGUCGAUCGUGUUCCCAGUCCUGAUUGGGCUUGUGGGGUCGCUGUUGCUCCAACAAGUUCUUUCCUGGUCGCAUCUUCCACAAAUGCAUGCGUUUGGCUUUGUCGUGCUGCACCUAUUUGUGUGGUGCAUUUGCUAUUUCCCCCUGACCAAGCGCCGCCACAAUCAAAAUGUCGAGCCGGAGGUAGUUGCCGCAGACGCUCCUGCCCCAGUCGACCGCAUUGACGAACUCCGCCAAGCCGAACCAACCGUGGUCAACUCGAUGCAACUGGGGUUCGAACAGUUGCGAUUCCACGUGCAGUCGAACGACGAUGGCGUCGAACACGCGCGCGACCUGCGCCACCGGCGUUUCGACAUCCAGCGCUUUCACGACCAUGUAAUUGUUCCGUUGGGACGGGCGAUCGUGGUGUGCACCGUGCUCCCGUGGAUGUGCACCAAGGCGUAUGCCAUGCUCGGAUGGUCCAACUUGAACGAAACGCACGUGUUCCGCGCGGCGUUUGCGACUCAAGUGUUUGGCCUCGCCAUAAUCACGUCCAAGUCGACCGCAUCGAGUUGGUUCCGUGCGCUGCACGACUCGAUUCGGGACGAGCGGUACCUUGUUGGAAAGCAAUUGCAGGACAUGGUCCGAUAGGUGUCGAGAAGGGAUUGAUCGCGCAGUAGGUGCAUCCAUAGAGCAAGAUGAAAAAUAAUAGUCGCCAUCGUGUUAUGAAAUA